AUGUGGCGUAAUUUGUUAAAAACAAAAUUUUUUUCAAACUGUCAAAACGCUAUAGUGAAUAAAGAUGGCAACAAUAACGGCAAAAAUAUUUUGUUGAGUUUUGUCCGGCAUAGAAAACCGAUCUGGGCCCCACUGGCCGCCACCAAACUUCACAGAGUUGUCGAAAGGAAAGAGAUUGACGUUGAGGAAGCCGAAGAAAUGAAAGUAACUUCAUUUUGUGGUGAUGUUUUUCGAUUUGAUUUAAAUUACGCAUUCAACCUCGAUCUUUGCAGUGAAUACUUUAAGCAAGAAAAUGAAGCCAGGGAAAUUCUGAAAGUGAAGUCAGCGAGAGUGGCGGACGAGAAAGAUUUCAAAGAGCUUGUCAUAAAGGUGAAUGAUGAAUGGAAUGCUGAAUCUGCCAGAAUAAGGAAAAAUCUGGAUGAAAAAGAGGCUGUAGUCAAAGAUGAAGAAUACCUUGAACUUAUUGAUGAAUUAAACAGGAAAGAUGCUGAAAGAAACGAGAUAGCCACUGCAUUGCUCGAACAAGCUAAUAGGGAAAGACCCAAUUUCAUCACCGAGACCAACUUGGAUCAAGCCAUCGAGGAGUCCCUAAACAAACGAACCACCCACAAUUUCUAUAUUGAUCUUGAGGGGAACAGGUACUGCGAAAACCCAGACGGGUCUGUCGAUAUGAAACCUCGGAAUCCCACGUCUGGGGAUUUUAAAAGUGAAAGUGAAACUAGGGAUGGGCGAGAUGAGGAAGAAGAUGGACCAGUUGAUGGCGAAAUUGUCGGGGAUAAUCAUGAUAGUGAGGAUGUUAACAAUAAAGUUGACAGUGCAAAUGAUAUUUCAAAAGAUUCUCGAUAA